AUGCGGUCGAUAGCGAAUGGUAAUAGCGGAAUCGUAAAGGGAGAUUGUUGGAGAAAAAUAUAUGAAAGCGUAUCGAAUAAGAGAAUGGACGAUGAAUUAAGGGAGCGAAGGAGGAUAAAGAGUAUCAAGGGGAAGAAUGUACCUAGAGGUGCGCAUAGUGUGUGUCUAGGGGAUGGGGCAUACUUUUUGCGUUCAUUCCUUGGGAGAGAAAACGACGUGGAUGGAACCACGUAUAAGAAUAGGGAGAGGGGGGAUAUAACAUACUCUACAGAUGGUCGUCAUGACCAGGAAGGAGCGGCCAAGAUGCGAGAGAGUAUCGGGACUGCCUUGAGUUCUUUGACAUCGCCAGGCGCGACUCGCCCCAUAGAAUAA